AUGAGCUCCCCCACCUUGACCAGUCUUGAGGCUCCCGUUGCCUUCGACUUUGACUACCCUGUUCGCGUUUCCCGGGCUUGCGCCAACUGCAGAAGUAGUAAAACCAAGUGUGUUACCGAUUCGCAAGAUCGAGCUUGCAUGCGUUGCUGCUUCAGCGGUUUCGAUUGUGUCUAUGAACCAACAGAGAGACAACGGGAGCGUCAUGCCCGCAAAGGCCAUCCGAGCUCUUCAUCCAAGGGCAAACCCCGCCGAGGCAGAAAACGUCUGGCUGUCCGACCACCCACCGUUAUCCCGGCAUCGCCAACCAUUAGCCAGUACGACUGCGACGAGUUGUAUUGCAAAUGCCCUUCAGAUUCAGACUCCUACUCACCGGCUGCAUCACCUGGCCCACGCACGCCUGCUAUCUUCGACACUACUUUCCUCCCAUCCACUUCCACAGCGCAGUACCCAGCGCCUAUCCAACCACCUCCACCACCACCAGUGGCGCGUUAUGCUCCACAGUGGCUCGAGUACCCUCCACCCGAGAGUGCAUCUGAGAGCAGCAUUCAUUUCUCUGCUGACGAAUUCACCUUUGACGUCUAUCCGCCCGCUCUUCCGGACUCUGCAUGUUUACCGGGGACAUUCAAUGGAGCUUUGGCCUUCCAAAGUCAUUAUGUCGGUGAUGCAGAGCACCGACAAUUUAACGAAACCUCGGCUCUGGGACUAUUCGACCUUGAUCUCGACUUGAACGACUUCCGCUUUACUCUCCCUCUGAUGGAGACCGACCAGACUAUCUACAGUCAUGUUCCAUAUAAUUUCUGA